AUGCGAUUCACUGCUUUGUUGUUGCCCAUCGUUUUUGGUGCUGUUUCGGCGGGUCCCUGUCGACCCUCUAGCGCCGAGAGUAGCGCUGAAACGACCACUGAACUUGUCAGCGCCACUGCCACCGCGACUCUGUCAACCGGCGCUGCAACCACUGCUGUGGCUACAAUUGAGAUCGAAUCGGCAUCUACAACGGCACUUGGUAUAGUCGAGUCUACAACAGAAUCAGCCGCCGCUACCUCGUCAAUGACUGCUGCUUCUGGUCAAUGUAUUGCACCAGCCUCCCUGCAAUGUUGCCAUUAUGUUGGAACAGUAAACGACGCUCCGAUUAGUCUCAUCCUGGGGCUGCUUGGCAUUAUUAUUAAGGAUACAAGCACUCGCGUUGGACAAACAUGCCAAUCUGUCCCUAAUCGUGAAUCUUGUGGUUCCGUUCCAGUUUGUUGCCAUGACAACACCCAUGGUGGCUUAAUUGCCAUUGGCUGUACCUCAGUUUAG